UAUAGCGCACCAAAAUUAGCAGCUGAGUGUGUCCCACGCCUCUCAAGGUGCUAUCUUGACUGCGCACCCGGGAGAAGAUAAGUUUUUUAAUUUCUACGGCGGCGGUGGUGGCGGCAAUUGCCCGUGAAUCUUGGCUGGAACCUUAGCACCGUUGCAAGCUUAGCGAUGGCUUCUCCGGAAAACCCUAAUUGGCUUCUGGACUGCCCUCUAAUAGACGAUUUGUCCGCGCCUCCAGCGAACGGAUUCAUCUGGGCGCCCCAGGAAUUCAACCAUCAAUCUAAAGUUCGACCUCCGUUCUCAACCCAUGAGGGAUAUGUCAGUAUGGGAGCCAAUGACCCUUUUGUGGAAACUGAGACCUUCAAGGAACAAGGAUCUCAAAAGCGAGCUAGAUCUGAAUCCUCCAGUCAAGCUGGAUCCAAAGCUUGCAGGGAGAAAAUGAGGAGAGAUAGACUGAAUGACAAAUUCCUCGAGUUGGGCUCUAUUUUGGAGCCUGGUAAACCGCCAAAACUUGACAAAGUAGCUAUUCUUUGUGAUGCUACUCGAAUGGUAACCCAGCUGCGUGCUGACGCUCAAAAACUGAACGAUUUAAAUCAAACCCUCCAAGAUAAGAUUAAGGAGCUAAAGGCUGAAAAGAUCGAGCUGCGUGAUGAGAAGCAACGCCUGAAGACCGAGAAAGAGAGCUUGGAGCAGCAAGCGAAGUUUCUGAAUGCUCCAAGGCCAAGCUUCAUUCCUCACCCUUCUCUGAUUCCUACUGCCUUUAGUGCUCCAGGAAAAAAUCCAGGCCAGAAGUUAAUGAUGCCAGUUAUGGGGUAUCCUGGGUUCCCUAUGUGGCAGUUCAUGCAUCCUUCUGAUGUUGAUACCUCACAGGAUGCUGAAUCAUGUCCUCCAGUUGCUUAAGGGAUCUAUUUGGAAUCCUUUCAUGUUUCUUUUGCUAACAACUUUAGAACUAAUUUUUGUACUAUCAAUCAAGCUUUUGAUUGCAGAAUCUUGACUGGAGGUGAUGUAUUUUGGAUGUUUAUGAAGUAUUUACUCAGUACCCAGGAAUCAUAUUUAAAUGUUCAACAAACAAAAAAUUCGAAGUAUCUAGAAGCUUGAACAAUAUCUGUGGUUUAAAGAAUAUUUACCAAUAAUGAAUGUAUAUAUCUUUGUGUUCCCAAUAAGAAUUCAUGCAAAGCUGGUUGAGAGCUA